AUGUCCCAACAACUCGAAGUGCCACACCCGGUGUAUGGCCGCUAUCCUCCUUCCCACUCUCGCAAGACGUCAGACUCCUCGGAAUCGACCCUCUAUCUGGGGUCGGACUCGACUACAGACCUCAAAGUUAACACUUCCAAUUUGGCUGGCCCAGAUGAUGUCAAUAUGCCACGAACCCCCAGUCCAACACAGGAGGAGUUCAAUCUCUUACAUGCUGUGUGCAUCGCCGUAUUUUCCAAGAAAAUCGUCAAAGCUCUGAAUCCGGAAAGUACCUGGAUGCGCACGCAUCCUGUGGGUCCACUAAUACCCAUCGCUCUCUUCAUCAUCGUAUCCUUCCCCCCACUAUUUGGUCAUGAAAUUAUCGCCAUGAUUGUCGGAAUCACUUGGGACUUGUGGCCAGCCUUUGCCAUAACAGCGAUUGGAACUAUCCUCGGCGAGGUAGUCAACUUCAUGGUAUUCAAGUACGCCUGCACGACCCGCAUGCGAAAGUAUGAGCAGAAGAAUUUGGACUUCGGCCUGAUGGCGUACAUUAUUCGUCGGGGCGGCCUCCUCAUGAUUGUUGUUAUCCGGUUCAGCGCCGUUCCACCACAUUACGCAACGGUCGUGUUCUCUACCGUCGGAAUUUCGUUUUGGAUCUUCCUUCUGGCUGCAGUUAUCUCCCUACCGAAACAAUUUGUUCCCGUUUACACUGGGUAUGCGAUGAAGCCGGGUGUUUCUGGUCAGAAACUUACCACCGUUGUGGAGGAUGUGGUCAUUGCGCUGGGUAUCAUCGUCACAAUCGUUGCAUACAAAUGGCUCCAGAAGGAGAGCAAAGCUGCACGCGAAGGGUAUAUCUAUGAGCGCAGAAAGGCACGGCAGGCAAGGAUAUUGGCCGAGGGGUAUGACGAGCGGGUCAACAUCCAACAUGUUUAG